AUGUCCAAAGGGACAUGGUAUGACUGCAUGCCCCCGUGCAACAUGCGGGCAAACUUUUCCGAAGGCACAAGGCCGGUGUCAUGUCAACCCGAGGGGGGUGCGAAUACGACGGCCUACGACCUGAUGGCCGAGCUGGCCCCACGCUGGAGCGCUUCGAAGGAGGCGGCCGGCCGCCUGGAAGCCGAACUCAUUGAAACCGCGCUGGAUGUGGCGAAGCUGGACAAGGAAGACCUCCGCGAGCUUGGCCUUGCCAUGGCAGAGAGGUGCCGCGUCCUGCAGUGGUCUGCCUCGCUCUCCUCCCUGCCACAGGUUCCUGCCGGUCCAGUCCGAUUGGACCGCCACACCUCCGACCUACCCUUGACGUUGCACAACUUGGAACGAUCUGUAAAGAAUGGCAUCUCCGAGUUUUCGCCUUCGCCCAUGGCAAGGUCUAUCGACACACGCUGCUCGCCCUGGGUGGAGAUCGAGGCGAACGUGAGGCCGGUGCAAGCGCAGGAGGAGCAGAGGUUGGAUGAGAUCGAGGGCCAGGCUGACUUUUGGUGCAGCUGCUUUGCUUCUUCUUCUUCAGCCAACGGUGCCUCCGACUCUUUGUUGGCACAGGGACAAGUGGAAGGCCUGCUGGAUGUGCGCGAGAACAUCCUGGAAGCCUUCUUCGAUUGCACGCCCGAGCGUGUGAGAGAGGUUUUCGCGAGCAUUGACUCCGAUAGCGACGGGCGCAUGUUGACGGUGCAGCAGCUUCGGCAUGGUUUGGAGCGCUGCGGUGUCUCGGGCCUUGAUAAUGGGACGCUGUCCAAGGUCUUCGAGCGGGUCAGUGGCACCGGAAGGACUCUCCACCUCCAGGCAUUCGAGACUAUCCUGUGCCGCCUGCGUCUCGCGAGCCUCCUGGCGCGGCCUUGGCGCGCCAACCUUUCGGUGGUGGAUUACAGCUGUUCCAAAGCUACGGACCAGUACAUCGACGCGAAUAACAUGCGCAGCUUCUUCUUCGGCCAUCGACCUGGUGCCAGAGGGCCACAGGAUGCCUGGCCGGUCCGCUGGGUGCACAUGCCACAAUUCGACCUGCACCUCCUCCUGGCACUGACUGUGAAGUACAGCCUGCAUCCGUUGAGCGUGGAGGAUGUCAUCGAGCAGUGUCCGACCAAGAUCGACCGCCUGGGGGCGAACUACUUCCUGGCCAUUGAGCUGCUGACCUUGGUGGACAACGGCCAGGGGCCAAAGGGCCAGCAGCCCGUUCGGGUGCGGGGCCAGCAUGUCGCGGCGUUCUGCUCGGGCCCUCCCCGCUUGGACACGCUCAUCACCGUGACGCAGACGGAUCGCAAGUUCAGCGAAGACUGGCCAGGGGGCCCGGGUGUUGACAUGAAGAACUGUCCCACAACUUUUGGACACGGUUGGCCGGAGAAGCUGCGCCAAAGACUGAAGGCCACUCGGUCGAGACUCCGAGAAAGGAGGGCCGACUCCCUCCUCUAUACAGUUGUGGACCUUUGCGCGGAUGAGCUCGUGACAGUGACACGGGCUUUCUUGGCUCGCCUGAGCUGGUUGGAAGAGGACCUUCGAACUCGAGGCGACGAGAGCCUCCUGGACCUUGGAGAAGUAAGCCUUGCGCAGCUUCAACUUGGCAUCGUGACGCGCAGGCUGAGGAGCCUGCAGCGCGUGGUGCGCCGUGCAAGCGAGUAUCAUGAUCUGCACACCACUGGCUCUUCCGAUUACUGGAAGGACUGUGCAGACCACUUAGAGGAGGCCUAUGACGACGCCGUGCAGAUGAAGGAGCGGUGCGAUGCGCUGAAGGCGGCGCACGAGCAAACGAUGGAGAGAGGGCAGGCUUUGGAGAUGCAGGGCCGGCACGAUGAAGCAGCCGGACAGGCUGAGAAGCUGAACUCCAUGCUCUUCUUCCUCACCGCUGCCACGGCGCUUUUCACCCCGGUGCAGUUCAUGUCCUCCGUCUAUGGCAUGAACUUCGUGAAUGUUGAGGGCGUCCCCACCAUUCCGAUGCUCUUAGAGAAAAGCGGCUACGAGCGUUUUUGGAUCGGGGUCACGGCCUACUUCGCCCUGGCCUUUGCCUGCGCUGGCUGGCUCUACCGGCGUUUGCAGCGAAAGUCUGGAAAGCAGAUGAGGAGAAAGGCGGCACCACUGCCGGCUUGCUGUUGCUGCUGCCCCCGGUGA